AUCAAACUCAGACACAAUGUACACACACACACACAGACAUGCACUCAGAGGCACACACCUAAAAGUUGAGAGCUUCCGGGAAGUGGCAUCUGAAGAACACACUUGCUAGUGACAGUCGACUGACAGUAGCUAUUCAGAAGUGAAUGGUGUGUGAAGGCAGCCAGACCUCCCCAGUGUAAAUCUCUCUGCACCACCAUGAUCAACAUGUACCAGACCAACCUGCCUCCACCACCGAUCCCCCCCCGGCUAGGCUCUGUCAAGUCAGCACCAGGCCCGGGCCACAACAAACCUCUCCUCGGGUUCCUCAUUGGUAUGAUAGUGCUCCAAAUGCUGCUACUACUGGGGGGAUUCACCUACCUGUACCACAAGGAAAACAAGUAUGACGAGGACUUUGAACACAAGUACCUGGAUGACAUGGUUGUCCUGAGGAGACUUGGGGAGUGUGAGAAAGACAGCCAGUCAAUGCUGGACUGUGAGAAGCUUGUGGAGAAAUACAAAAACAUAAUGGAAAAGGUCUCAGAAGUGGAAGGAAAAGCUGUCAAACUCACUGGGGGUUUGCUCUCGAAUGGAGCCAUGGCACGCAUGAUAGUCAAGCAACCUGUGGUUGGUGCACUCCCUUCAUCAAAGUAUCUGGAGUGGAACAUAGGCCACUCAGUGCUGAGGAACGUCCAGUACUUCAAGUCCAGCUGGCUGAAGGUUCAGCAGUCUGGAGACUACGACAUUUACUCCCAGGUGACCUUCUCCAAAUGGCACCCCAAAACCCCUCUGGCCAGCCGGGUGAAGCUGAGGAAGGGGGAGAUAGGAGAGGAGAAGAACCUGAUGACAGCCUACUGCAGCCUGGGGGACCAGAAUCGUACAGACGUGUGUACAGCCUUCCAGGGAGGAGUGUUUAGUCUGGAGCCUGAAGACCAGAUCUCUGUGUGGGUGACGGACCCCAGCCUGGUCAACUAUGAGGAGGGGACGACCACCUUUGGAUUAUAUAAACUGUAGGCUAGACAUUACCUACAGUAUGGAGAAGAUGGACUCUAUUACUUUGGAUUAUUACUGUAUUGGAGUGAUAGGUGGAAUCAAAGCCCUGCGUGCUGUUGGAUUUGGUACAGGACUGAUCACAGAUCUGUUCAUGGACUACAAUUUGAACAUCUUUCUAAAAAAAGGCCAUGGUGAAAAGGAAUCCCUGGAACUUAUCGCUGUUGAUUGGAUAACCUGCUCUCCCUGCCCCCACAAUGUUAGAUAUGAAUAUUCAUUUCUAAGAAUAUGGCAAUGACUGUGUAUUUAUUGUGACGGAUGGUGUCUGUAUAGUUAAUAAAUUAUUAUAUUUUAA